GCCCCACCUGCAUCGGGCUGCCUGCGCGAACUUUAGCACACCAGUAGCCUCGAGCAAUUGCGAAGCAACAUCUUCAAUUGAUUGUUGACCGGCAUUGGGCGCGUCAAGCUUUUCGUCUUUUCGCAUCCCGAACCUAACCUUUCACCCCAAGUCGCUCCCAGCCCGCUCCACGUCAACGCCGAUUUGAUUCACGACUGCUUAGACUUUGCACUUGGAUCGACAUGCGCUCGAUUCCCGAGCCAUGCAGUGCUACACAGAGUUGACGCCGCCCACGGCCGUCACGCAUUCUCUGACUCUGCAAUUCGUGCCGGGACAGGGCAGCAACCUGGCAGUCGCGAAGUCGUCAAUUCUGCAGAUCUUCCGUACCAAGAUUGUCUCGGCCGAGGUCGACAGCUCCCCCGCCAAUGCCAACGCGAACCGUGCCCGAGCUGUCCCCCCCUACGAAGGCCGCAUUACCAACGACGACGACGGCCUCGAGACGUCGUUUCUAGGCGGCGAUAAUCUCACCGCCAGAGCCGACCGUGCUAACACCACCAAGCUCGUCCUCGUCUCGGAGACGUCGCUUCCCGGCACAAUAACGGGCCUUGCCAGGAUCAAAGCGCUCAACAAGAGCUCGGGCACCGAUGGCCUCCUCAUCGCCUUCAAGGAUGCGCGCCUCAGUCUGGUCGAGUGGGACGCCCAGAAGCAUACACUCACCACCAUCUCGAUCCACUACUACGAGCAAGACGACCUCCGCGAGAGCCCCUGGGCUGCCCCCCUGAGUCAACAUGUCAACUUCCUGGCUGCGGACCCCGGUAGCAGGUGCGCGGCUCUCAAGUUUGGCGCCAGAAAUCUGGCCAUUCUGCCCUUCAAGCUGGUCGACGAGGACAUUGACAUGGGUGACUGGGAUGAGGAGCUGGACGGCCCGCGGCCCGGGCCCGGGCCCGGGCCUGUCAAGGACCUGUCUGGUGCUGUCGUAAAUGGAGCUAGCAACAUAGAAGACACACCAUAUUCACCCUCAUUUGUACUCCGACUGUCCAAUCUUGACCCAAACCUUCUCCAUCCUGUGCAUCUGGCCUUCCUGCAUGAGUACCGGGAGCCCACCUUUGGCAUUCUCUCAUCGACAAAGCACGCCUCGAACUCGCUCGGCCGCAAGGACCACUUCACAUACAUGGUCUUCACCCUAGACUUGCAGCAAAAGGCCUCAACCACCAUCCUCUCGGUCAGCGGCCUGCCGCAGGACCUCUUCCGCGUCGUGCCCCUGCCCGCCCCCGUCGGUGGCGUCCUGCUCGUGGGAGCCAACGAGCUGAUCCACAUCGACCAGUCGGGGAAGCCCAAUGGCGUAGCCGUGAACCCCCUCACGAAGCAGUGCACGUCGUUCAGCCUCGUCGACCAGUCUGACCUCAACCUCCGGCUCGAGGGCUGCGUCAUUGACGUCCUGAUGGCCGAUCUGGGCGAGCUUCUCAUCAUCCUGAGCGACGGCCGAAUGGCCCUGGUCACCUUCCGGAUUGACGGCCGGACCGUGUCGGGCCUCGGCAUCAAGAUGUUUCCUACAGAGAUCUCCGCGUCCGUCAUACACUCGCGUGUCACGUCGCUUUGCCGCCUCGGGCGCAACACCAUGUUUGCCGGUAUCGAGGAGGGCGAUUCCAUAGUAUUCGGCUGGACUAAGAAGCAGAGCCAGGUUGCAAGGAAAAAGGCGCGGACCCAAGACACGAGCCUUGACUUUGACCCCUUCGAGGACGAAGACAUGGAGGAAGACGAAGAUGAUCUCUACGGCGAGGAGCCCGCAGCCCGCGCCCGUCCCAUGUCUGUGGCAAGCAUCGCUAAGAGCGGGGAGCUCACAUUUCGCAUUCACGACGCGCUGCUGAACAUUGGGCCCAUCCAGAAGAUCACGCACGGCGCGCCAACGUGGUUGCCCGGCAGUGAGGAGGAGCAAAACUCGGCCGGAGUCGACUGCGAGCAGCAGCUAGUUUUCGCCGUAGGGCGAGGGAAAUCUGGUUCGCUUGCCAUUGUGAACCUUGCAAUACAACCCAAGGUCGUUGGCCGAUUUGAGUUCCACGAAGCAAGAGCAUUCUGGACGGUGAGCGCCAAGAAACCUAUUCCCAAGUCGCUCCAGGGCGGCGACAAGGGGGCCAGUGUCGUCGGCAACGACUACGACACGUCUGGUCAGUACGAUCAGUUUAUGAUUGUUGCCAAGGUCGACCUCGACGGCUAUGAGACCUCGGACGUCUAUGCUCUCACGGCAGCUGGAUUUGAGGGCCUCACCGGCACCGAGUUCGAACCGGCUGCCGGGUUUACUGUCCAGGCUGGGACUAUGGGGAAGGGCACCAGGAUCAUCCAAGUGCUCAAGUCGGAAGUUCGAUGCUACGACGGAGACCUUCGGCUGAACCAGAUUAUUCCCAUGCUCGACGAGGAGACUGGGGCAGAACCUAGAGUUGUUAGCGGCAGCAUUGCUGAUCCAUAUCUCCUGCUCGUUCGAGAUGACUCGAGUGCCUUUUUUGCCCAGAUCGACAGCAACAACGAAAUUGAAGAGGUCGAGAAAAGGGACAAGACCUUGACAACUACAAAGUGGCUCACAGGAAGUCUGUACACAGAUGCGAACGGAGUUUUUGCCGAAGCAACGGACAAGGGGGCUAAACCAACAGGCGACAUCUUGGCCUUUCUCCUUAGCACUACCGGCGCUCUUCAUAUAUAUCGUCUCCCCGACCUAUCAAAGCCCAUAUACGUUGCCGAAGGGCUCUCUUACAUACCGCCCGGUCUAUCAGCCGAUUAUGCUGCUAGGAAAGGGACUACCAAGGAGACUGUUGCCGAAAUCUUAGUGGCUGACCUCGGCGACACAACACAUAGUUCUCCGUACCUCAUUCUCCGCCAUGCAAACAAUGAUUUGACUAUUUACCAGCCAUUCCGCGUGAAGGGGGAUGGCGAGGUGAAUUUUUCAAAGACCUUGUUCUUUCAGAAGCUGCCAAACUCGUCCUUCGCCAAGAUCCCCGAGGAAACUGUCCAGGACGAGCCCACCCAUCAGCCUCUGCUCCUCUCCAUGCGGCCGUGUGCCAACAUUGGAGGCUACAGCACGGUAUUUCUCCCCGGCCCAUCCCCAAGCUUCGUCAUAAAGUCGUCCCAAUCGAUGCCGAGGAUUAUUGGGCUGCAAGGUUCGGCGGUGCAAGCAAUGAGCGCGUUCCACACAGAGGGGUGUGAGCACGGCUUCAUAUACGCCGACAUGCAUGGCAUCGCACGGGUAACGCAGCUUCCGAGCGACUACAGCUUCGCCGAGACAGGCGUCUCGGUGAAGAAGGUUCCAAUCGGUGACGAUGUGGACGCCGUUGCAUUUCAUCCGCCCUCACAGGGCUACGUUGUCGGUUGCAACACCACCGAGCCAUUUGAGCUUCCUAAAGAUGACGACCACCAUAAAGAGUGGACACGGGAGAAUCUCGCAUUUAAGCCAAUGGUCGAGAGAGGUGUCUUGAAGCUCAUAAGCCCUAUAACCUGGGCCGUCAUUGACACGGUCCAAAUGGAGCCGUGCGAGAGCGUUCUUUGUGUCGAGACUCUUAACCUGGAGGUGUCGGAAACGACCAACGAAAGAAAGCAGUUGAUCGCCGUUGGCACCGCUAUCUGCAAAGGCGAAGAUCUCCCAACUAGGGGGCGUGUCUACGUAUACGAUAUUGCCGAGGUGAUCCCAGAGCCCGGGCGGCCAGAAACGAACAGGAAGCUCAAGCUCGUCGCCAAGGAAGAUAUUGCCCGGGGAGCCGUGACGGCCAUCUCAGAGGUGGGAACCCAAGGUCUCAUGCUCAUGGCCCAAGGCCAAAAGUGCAUGGUACGAGGUCUCAAGGAGGAUGGAACACUCUUGCCCGUAGCCUUCAUGGAUAUGAAUUGCUUUGUGACAAGUGUUAAAGAGCUUCCUGACACCGGCCUGUGCUUGAUGGCGGACGCGUUUAAGGGCGUCUGGUUUACCGGAUACACGGAGGAGCCGUACAAGAUGAUCCUCUUUGGCAAGAGCUCGUCGAACUUUGAGGUUCUCAACGCCGACUUCCUGCCGGACGGCCGAGAGCUGUACAUCGUGGCAACCGAUGCGGAAGGCAACAUUCACAUUUUGCAGUUUGACCCUGAACAUCCGAAAUCUCUACAGGGCCACCUCCUUUUGCACCGCACUACUUUUAGCACAGGCGCGCACUAUCCCACGAGCUCGCUACUCCUUGUUGCAUCUACGGGAGAGGCGUCUCGCGCAAACGGUGCCAGCGCGGCCGAGCCGCCCCAGAGCCCGCACGUUUUGCUGCUGGCGUCCCCGACGGGCGUCAUCGCGGCCCUGCGCCCUCUGUCCGAGUCGGUGUACCGGCGACUCUCGUCGCUCGCAGCACAACUCAGCACGACGCUGCCCCACGCCGCGGGGCUUAACCCUAAAGGAUAUCGCGCGCCAUCGGCUAACAGCCCGCAGUCCGGGGUCGACGCUGGAGUGGGACGCAGCAUCAUUGACGGCACAAUUCUGGAGAGGUACACGGAGCUCGGCACGGGCCGGCGCAGCGAGAUGGCCGGCCGCGCAGGAUACGGCGGUCCCGACGAGAUCCGCGCCGAGCUAGAGGAGAUUCUGGGGUGGGCAGGGAUGGGUUGUUUUUAAGCCGCUGUCUCAGCUGUGGGCAAUAACCCAGGCUAGCGAAAACCAUCUACUGUAAACGUGUUUGGGUUGUUUCUAUCCGGCCUUUUCCAGCACGGCCCCAAGUUGUAUAUGUAUCAUUCUGUAUGGGAACGGAGGGAAUGAAAAGGGACAAGCGCAAAAAAGUUUAACGAGGACGGUCCUAGCAGGGUACGGAGUAGAUCAAUCACAGUUCAUCGAGGGUCACCAAUUGAUUGGCAGUUGUAGACAUGGUGGCUAGAUGUAGUUAGUACCUAGGUGAAUGUAUCGGUUCUCUGGUAUCCUUUCCUCUUCUUUUUUCCAUCUGUGAUAUAUGUGUGCAGCACACGAGCCGGGCUGA